AUGGCUCCCAUCAAAUCGGUGGCAAUCAUCGGGGCCGGCGCCUCGGGAUCGGUGACGGCCCAUGCGCUCGCAGCAGAAGAGUAUUUCGACCGCAUCCGAGUGUUUGAGAGACGAGAGACGGCCGGAGGAACAUGGAUAUACGAUCCGGAUCCAGGGCCAUUGCAGCUGUUCCCAGGCAAGAUUCCACCAGAGACUGAUCCGCCGUUGGACAUUCCCCAGGAGCUGCCAGCGACAACACCGCCAUCGACGCAGCAGCGUUAUGAUCGAACGCCCAUCUAUGCUGACCUCACGACGAAUGUGCCCGACAUCGCCAUGGCCUUUUCUGACUUGCCCUUUGCAUAUGGCCCAUUCGCUCCGCACUGGGUGCCAAAGCAGUAUAUCGAGAAUUACUUUUCGACUCAUCGCACGGAUGCAUUCCUCGUGCUCAGCACUACUGUCGAGAAGAUAUCCAAGCUAGACGAGAAUUCUCAACGAUGGUCUCUUACGCUGAGACGAUUCAAUCCUGUCAGCAAAGUGGAUGAAUGGUGGAAUGAGGAAUUCGACGCCGUCGUUCUGGCAAAUGGACAUUACUCGGUGCCUUAUAUUCCACACGUCCAAGGGCUGGAGGAGUAUAUCCACGCCUAUCCAGGACGAGUUCUACACUCCAAACAAUACCGAUCUGGCGCCGAUUUCACGGACAAAAGAGUCCUUGUCGUUGGCAACUCCUCCUCAGGCCAGGAUGUCACCACUGAUCUUCUGAAGCAUGCCGCCCUCCCAGUCUAUCAGUCCCGUCGAUCACCAAGUCGCUGGGAUGGCGACAGUCCUCCCCCAGGCGUAGAAUGGAAGCCAGUCAUCACGGAGUAUCUGUCCUCGGGCGAGAUUGUCUUCGCCGAUGGCUCUGCUGUCUCUGAUAUCGACCAUAUCAUCUACUGCACGGGGUAUAAACCAUCGUUUCCAUUCUGGGACUCGAACGGAUCUGCCCUCUACGACUAUCACGAUAACCGUCUCAUCGGCAACUAUCUGCACACGUUUUUCCGGAAUCACCCUACGCUAUCCAUCGUUGGAUUUCCACGAGUCCUCACCUUUCGCUCGAUGGAAUACCAAGCCAUCGCCAUAGCGCGCGUCUGGUCAGGCCGAACCACGAUUCCAUCAAAAGAGCAGCAAGAACAGUGGGAACAAGACCGCGUGGAACUGGUCAAGCGCGAGUCUCGAAAAUUCCACAAUAUCGAAUGGGAUAACGGCGAGACGAUGGAAUAUCUGCAAGCGUUGUUCGAGAUGGCCGGUUUGCCUAAGCUGGAUGGCGCUGGUCGGUAUCCGCCUGUGUUGGAUGCGAAGACGCGAUGGGCGAUUGAGAAUAUCAAGAAAUAUCCAGAGCCUGGCAAGGAGAGAGAUGGGUUUGUGGUUGUGGACUCUAAAGAUAGUCUUUAUUUUGUCUAG